CAAAUCUCUCUACUAGUUCCUUUUUUGUUCCUGAACUAGAUAAACCUUUUGCAUUACAUAGAACCUCAACGUGUCCAGAGUUCAAGGUGCUUUCUGCUGAUUCCUCAAUAAAACUCAUGCUUGACAUGUCUAAUAGUAGUUCUAACUUAUUCUUUUAG